UCCUACUUGAGUUGAGCCGAGUUGCCAGUUUACAGCGGACCGUAGCAAGUGGCAGUUCAUUGUUAGUUGUAGAAAUAACUUGUAGCAGUAGCCAAGAUGUCAGGGAAUACAAAAGAACUAACCUUUAAAUAAAAAGUGCAAGUGUUAAGAUUUUUAGAAGCUUGGAGUAGAACAGCUUAUAGAAGCCUUCGGAAUUAGCAAGACUUUUGUGAAAACAAGAUGCAGAGAGUAAAAUACUUCGAGUGGAUGAGACAUGAAACGAUAAACUUUGCAGAAUAGUAAGAAAAAGCAGUAACGAUUAUAUCGAUAAAAAUAUUCUCGAUUGGUUCCACAAAACGAUAGGGUUAAAUGUUCACGUUUCUGGUCCUGUGAUUCAAAGAGUAAGUCUCAAUUUUACCAAAGAAUUUAAUGUUCAGGAUUUUCAGCAUUAAAUGGAAGUUUCGACAGUUUUGGGGAGAUAAAUUUAAUUUUAUUUAUAAAAUCUCUUGAGUGUGGAAUUAAAUGAAGUGUCACAAGAUGGAGUAAAAUCCUGGAAGAAAAAGUUAGUGGAAUGAUUUCGUGUUUCAAAGGAGGAGACAUGCAAUUGAAUGUGGAUUCGUCCUUCGAUCGAUGCCAGGCCAGACACUAGCAACAAAAGGAAUCAAAUGCAGAAGAGGCAGGACCUCUAAGGACCAAUUAAGUUUUAUUAGCAGCAAAUGUUACGGAUGAGAGACUACAACUAUUUCUAAUUGGUAAAAGGAAAACAACCGACUUGUUUUCAUAAAGCGUACAUGAACAGUUUGACAUUUAUCUGGAGAUUUACGUAAAAGGUGUGGAUGGACCAGUGAGACACUCAUUGAAUGGUUUAAUAUCGUUAACAGAAUGACGAAACAUCAGAAUGGAAAAGUUUUAAUGAUUGUGGUUAACUGUCCGUUUCAUCCAAACUUUGAAAACUUUGUGAAACAUGUUGGUGGUAGGCGCUCCACGUGGUAAUUCCACUUAUCCUGAGCAUCGUGGCGUCUAUGAACCGGGGGUUGUGUAUCAGUGCGGUUUGGACAGGGGGAACAAUUGUCAACACAUCGUCUUGGCCAGCAAGGGUAAUAUUGAACCUGUGGAUUACAAUUCUCCAGUCCGGCCAAUGAGAGAGAAUUCUUGGCUUGGAGGAGCUAUCGCAGUGCAAGACAAUGGUGAACGUUUUGUGGCCUGUGCACCCAGAUGGAGAAAUUCCUAUUAUCGUUGGAGUGAUUAUUCUUAUUUCAUGAAUGGUGCGUGCUAUUUAACAGACAGCAGCGAAUCAAGAAAGGAGACGAUACUACCACUCAACGAUAUAAAUAAGCAGACCCUCCGUAAUUAUUAUCUUUAUUUGUACGGCGAAGCUGGCUUUACUGCACAUUUCCCAAAGAACAGUACCGAAAUUUUGUUAGGUGCUCCCGGCAUUUAUAACUGGCAAGGUGCAGUAAUUCGAAUUAGAGAUCGAACAUUCUACGAUAUAAGGAGGGGUAUGCAAACAGAAAGGAUCACCGACAUUCCCACUCCUCUGAAUUCAUUAUUAUUAUCUACUAACGGUUACUUUGGAUAUUCUGUGAGUUCUGGAAGAUUUUUGAGUGCAAGAUCUAGCCAUCUUUAUGUGGCAGGAUCUCCGAGAAAUGCUCAGUUUAGAGGAAAGGUUUGUAUUUUCGACUUUCCUCUAAGAAGUACUUACGACCUGCAGUAUAUAAGAGACCUCGACGGUACGCAGAUGGGCGAGUAUUUCGGUGGAGCGCUGUGCGUCGUAGAUUUGAACGGGGACCGUCUGGACGACUUGGUCGUAGCAUCUCCCCAGUUCUCACUUCAAGCGACGAACUCGGCUAAGCUCGUGGGCGACGAAGGUCGUAUUUACGUGUUCAUCAACGGCGAUAAAGGAAGGUUUAAGGAGAUAACAGGAGAUCGGAUGAUAAUGGGAAACCGACGGUACGGCGCGAGGUUUGGUACAGCCGUCGCUAACGUUGGUGACCUUAACAUGGACGGCUAUGAAGGUGAGUGACGUCACACAAUUCAG